UAUUAUGCGAAAUUCAAUCGUUACCAAAGCUAACGAAUUUAGCAAUGAUAAAACGUUUAAUUGAAUUUUAUACUUUACAAUCAGAAUCAAAUCGCAGUGAAUUAUGUGCAAAUCAAACAAAAUUAUUAUACCAUGCUGUAUAUAAUUCAGAAUUGUGGGCAGAACGCAUUAUUGAUGCAUCGGCAAAAUUUCCAAAUGGCAUCACUAAAUUCCAUUUAUGGGAUUUUGGAUACUUUGAUGAAUGUAUCCAAGUAAAUGAGCCAACUGUGUCUAUUAAAGGAAAAUAUUGUUUGACAACAGUGACUAUUCCUGAAAAUGAUUUUGAAAAGCAAACCAUCUUAAAAAAUAAAGAAAUUUCAACAUUUGCAGAAAAAAUAAUGGCAAAUAAUAAUAAUUCAUUUACGAAUAUAAUGAAUGUAAUGUGGGCAAUCUGUGUGCCAGAUGGUUGCACUGCGAAAGAAGUUGAAGAUCAUUUAAAUACAUUUGCAGGCAUCGAUAUUUUUAAAUUAGAUGAAACAGAAUGUCAAACAAUCGAUACAUAUAGAUCCAAAUUAAAUACUGGCGAUUGGCUGGUUAUAGCGAUUUUUACAAUUUUGUGUAUAAUAAUGCUUGUAAGCACCAUCUAUGAUGUAUAUUUGUACUACGCUAAAAAAGAAAAAUAUCAUCCGAUAUUUAUUGCAUUUUCAUGGUUUACCAAUUUCCAAAAACUAACUGAAAUAAGCCACAAUCCAGAUAUUUUACCUUGUUUAAAUGGAAUUCGAUUUCUAAGUAUGUUAUGGAUAAUUUAUGGACAUCAGACCGAACAAAUGUUUUCACCUUUUACUGCUAACUUACUGGAUUUCUAUCAGUGGCGUGCCAAAUUUUUUUCAAUGCUCCUUAUUGGUUUCUCAGUUUCGGUUGAUUCAUUUUUCUUAUUGAGUGGAUGUUUAGUAAUGUAUGGGUUUUUAAAAAUGCAAGCGAAAAAAAUACCCUUUAAUAUACCAGUUUUUUAUUUACAUCGUUAUAUACGGUUGACACCUUCCUACGCUGCGACAAUCGUUUUUAUGUUAACAUUCUAUCGAUUUAUGGGCUCAGGGCCCUUGUGGGAUCCCGAAAAUUCGAAUGAAAAUUGUAAGACAUAUUGGUGGGCUGCUUUAUUAUAUAUUCAAAAUUAUGUAGCUGCUAAGCCGUGUGUUCAAGUUAGUUGGUAUUUACAAGUGGAUAUGCAGUUUUAUAUUUUUGCACCAAUGUUACUGGUACCAAUUGCAAAAUGGCCAAAAAUAACAAAUUACUUAUUGUCAUCUUUAGUAAUCAUUUUUGUUAUUAUUCCAACAAUGGUUGCAUGGAAAUAUAGUUUUUUGGCUCUCGAAAAAGUUCAAUUCAACGGAGACUUCGAUCCUGUCUACGAUCAUAUCUAUUACCGACAACCAUAUACACGAGCAGCUCCUUGGUUAUUGGGAUUACUUUUGGGUCAUAUCUUAUUCAACAACAAAAAUAAGAAAAUUAUUAUAAAUAAAAUGUUAGUCACUUUUCUGUGGAUUAUCUCGAUUGGCAUAAUGUUGUACACGAUAUUUGGAUUUUAUCAUGAAGCUCAACCUGAUUAUGAAUACGAUCGUGUAUUUAAUUCGUUAUUUAUUGGCUUACAUCGUGUUGCAUGGGCUGCUGGACUCUCUUGGAUUAUAUUUGCCUGUAUACAUGGUUAUGGAGGCCCAGUGAAUUGGUUUUUGUCGUUACCAUUAUUUCAAGUUUUGUCAAGAUUAACAUAUUCAAUAUUUUUGACGCAUUUUUGGUUACAAAUUGCUCAUAAAAAUUCUACUCAAAUGCCGUAUAUUUUUUCGAAUAUGCAUCUUUGGUAUUUGGUUUGUGGAAAUUUACUUACCACAUUAAUAAUUUCGGUGUUUUGGACGCUGACAUUUGAGGCACCUUUCGUGGUUUUAGACAACUUGUUAAUAAAAUCAAUUGGAGAUUUUUGUUCGAACAAGCACAAACAAGAAUGAAAAUUUUGUAAAUACGCAACAAAUGAAGAUAUCAAAUUUAAAUUUAAUAAAAUAGUUGUCAUGGC